ACUGUCUUUCAGAAGUAUGGAGACUUGGCAAGCGGAGAGGGACCUGGCACUGUGAGUGAGUGCCAGUGGCACUGGGUGAGGCUGGAGCAAAAUGCCCCUUUCUGCUUCUCCCUGAGGCAGGGGCAUGACCCACAGGGGUGGGAGACUCACACCCAGGGUUGGCCACUGACCACCCAAGUCCUCCAAAUCCUGGCAUAGCCUAGGGAAAGGCAGUGAGAGGAGAAGGUGUCAUCCAGCUGCAAGCAGUCCAUGCUGACUAUUCCCACCACUCUGCCCCUCACAGGAGACCAUGACGUGGGAUGACACACAUUACCAUCUGUGGCUGAGAAAGAGCGACACAGAAAUAGAGAUGUUGAAAACAAGAAACAUUAUUUCCUUUUUUUCUCCUGACACUGUGUGCUAGUCAGGGCAAAUAUCAUAUUGUGACAUCACCUGCUGGCUGAGUGUGACAUCACUGAGCAGCAGAUUGUGACAUCAUGGAGGGAUGUACAAGGACACCUUGUCGUCCACUGCUUAUAUUUGGACUAGUAAAGGACAGAACCUUUACUAGUCUGGCUCAAACCUGAACUCCAUCUGAGCAAGACUGUGAGGCCAGGAGGAUUGAGCCAGGCUUCUUUGGUGCUGACUGGUGCCUGUCAUUGGCAGAUCUCAGUGCCAGAUCCAGAGCAAUCACGCCUGUUUCCCUGUCCCUGCCUGGUUCAGGCAGCUAGGCACUGCAGGUGCUGGCAGCAGUGAAGGGCCCUGGGCAUUUCUUCCUCCCCUUCCCAGGACACUAGUCGCCAUGGCCUCUCCCUCUUUCAAUGUGUGACACCAGUGAGGGAAAGCAGCUCCUGAUCCUCAGCUCUCACCAGUGUGCUGCAGAGCACAAAAAUGGCCAUGGAGAUAGAGAGGAACUGCUCCAUCUGCCAGGACACUCAGAAGGACGUGGCUUCAACUCUGCCCUGUCGUCACCGGUUCUGCCUGGGCUGUAUCCUGCGGUGGGCUCAGAGAAAUCCAUCGUGCCCACUCUGCAGAAGAACAAUAGAGACUAUCAGGUUUUCUGACAGUGAAGACGACUACCUGGAGACAGCCAUCACAGCCCCUGAGGAACUGCCAGAUGACAGCAGCCUGGCAGGGACAACUCCUGAUCUCCUGGAUGAGAACAGCCCCCAUUUUCCAGUGGCAUCCCAUCCAUCUUCUCCACAGGGGACACUGUCCCCACCUGAGCAGAGGACCUCAGGGCUGGAGUUCGGGGGUGGCCUUCUUCCUGAGGUCUGGGCAGGACUUUUCCGUGGACGACAGCAGCUCCUGGACCCUGUGCGGCCCUGGCUGCGCCAGAGGCUGGAGGGAAUAUACCGGAGCUGGUGGUGGCUGGUUGAGGCCGCAGAGAGCACCAUCCUGCACGACCUCUGUGUCAAGGGGCCGAAUGCACAGGCCUUGAUUGAGGGGCUGGAGCCUCUCCUCGAGCAACACACAGCACUGCUGGUCCAUGGUGCCAUCAACAUAAUUGUGGGCCAGUGCAGCGAAGAGGCCCAGAGGCUGCUGCACUCUGGUGCAGUCAGGGAUGAGAACAACAGCCCUGUGGCCAGAGCCAGCUCCAGCUCCAGCAACUUCAGCUCCAACAGCUCCUGGGAGGGGUCUCCUGCCAGUGGCCCUGCAGGCCCCAAUGUGGAGACAGAAGCUGGUACAUCAAAGGCCACUCUACACAGGAGUCCCAGGCACCCCCUUCCUGUGCCUGUCCCUGCAGAGCAGGACCAGCCUCAGGAGGAGCCAAGGCAGGCAAUGACAGUGGCAGGUUCCUCUGCCCAGGGCAGCAGCCGUAGCCAGUCCAGUCUGGGCAGGCACCAAUGUCCUGGUGGGCCUGGACGACCCCCAAAUAGAAGGGCACCCAGCCCCAGGACUUUCCCCAGCUCUGCAAGAGACCACCCUUCUGGCAGCACUAGCAGGGCUCCUGCAACCCUUUAUUCAAGGAAAAGGAAAUAAAUUGUUAUUUCUCUCA